AUGACUCUGUACAACAUCACUCUCAAGACCGAUGCUCCCCCCGAGGAACUGGAGAAAGCCAAGGCUGACCUGAGGGAGAAGGGUGGUAUCAUCCGACAUGAAUACAGCAUCAUCAAGGGCUUCACUAUCGAGUUCCCUGAUGACAUUGCCCAAACUCUGACUCUCGAAUCCACCCCACAUGUCCAUGUCGAGCGGGAUGGCGCCGUGGAGACUCACUAG